AUGGGUUUAGUUAGGGGAGUCCCAACUGAGUGGUCCCCUGAAGAUAUUAUGCAGAACACUAAUGUACCCAUUGGGUGUGGGGAAAUUCUGAAAAUUAGAAGACUAAACUAUAAAGUCAUGAUAAACAACACACCCACAUGGAAACCUUCGCAAACAGUCGUGUUUACAUUUGAUGGACAAGUUUUGCCCAAACGUGUAUUUAUGUGUUAUAAUUCUAUGCCUGUUAAAUUGUAUAUAUACCCAACCAUCCAGUGCUUUAAUUGUUGCCGCUUUGGGCACACCAAGGUCCAAUGUAGGUCAAAGCCCAGGUGCUUCAAGUGUGGUCAGGGCCACACUGGAGAUACUUGUAAUGUGGAGGAAGACUGUGUAUCUUGCUGCUUAUGUUCUGGGCUGCACUUUGCUUCGAGCAAAAAGUGUCCAGAGUACGUGAGACAAACAGAUAUUAAAGUAACAAUGGCAGAGAAUAGCUUAUCCUAUAUUGAAGCGUCAAAAUUACAUCCCCCCAUUUCUAAAUCAUUUGCUGAUAUUGUAUCCUCUCUCCCAACUAAAUCUGUUCCUGGUGGAAAUACAGUAUUGCCUGGUUCACCAUCCUCACGUACAAUAUCUUAUAAAAAAACAGUCUUCACUAAACCCAGAACUCCUCCUCAACACAGUAAAGGUUUUGAUCAUGUAGCACAUGAGUCUCUUGUAAGGGACUACAAUAUGCCAGAGCCUUCUAAUGGAUGUGCAUUACCAUCCUCGUCUAAUGCAAAUUCACAACAGACAAUAGCAGAGUUAAUUACUAUAUUGAUCAAAUUACUUUCUGAACCCAAUUUAUCUAUACCGUCCCACGCUGCUAAUUUAAUUCGUACUUAUACUAAUAUUAAUAAUGGCCAACAUGGACAAGUUAGUUCAAUGGAAUUGCCGCAGUAUUAUAAACAAAAAGCAUGA